UACUGUCUUGACUGUGGAAAACGGGAGGAGACGCACAGAGACAGGAGUGGAGACCGUAUUUUAGCUACCAAUCUGCAGAUAUAAACCCUGAUCUUUAGAGCCUGUGGAUGCGCUGCAGCCUGGUGUGGAGGCCUGAGACUGAGACCUAGUCACCUCUAUUCUGCCUUUGAAAUCACAGGCAGACAUCAUGGCCCAGGUGCAGGAGGAGAGACCCUCCGAACAGGAGAAAGAGAUGGGAGAGGAGACCUUCCUCAAAGACCUCUGUCUGUACAUGAAGAAGAGAGGUACACCCAUAGAGAGAAUACCACACCUGGGCUUCAAACAGAUCGAUCUGUUCAUGAUGUACAAGACUGUGAAAAGCUUGGGUGGCUAUCUCCAGGUAACAACCCAGCAGCUGUGGAAGCAAGUAUACAACAUCUUGGGAGGAAACCCCAGAAGCACCAGUGCAGCCACCUGCACCCGUAGACACUACGAGAAGCUGCUUCUUGCAUAUGAGUGUCACGUAAAAGGAGACAACUACAUGGAGGUCCUGCCACAGCACCAGCAGAAGCGUUUACAUUACAGUAGUCUCUGUGAGGAGGAUGAGUGCCCCAGGACAGCUAAACGUAUCAUGACAUACGGCGAUCUCCAGACAUCCCAGCAACAGAACCCCCAUAACGUCCUGAUAGACUCCAGAGUGAGGAUCAUCCCUAUGCAUGUACACUACCGUCAGAACUAUCACCACCCUGGCAACCCCGUCCACCCACCUCUGCUCCCCUAUGUCCACCCACCUCUGACCCCCAGCAGCCACCCCGGACCCCAGCCCCAGCCCCCAUAUCUCCCCUCCCCUCAAGGGCAGAUAGAAAGGACCAAGCAGCCUCUGGAGCGCUUGCGCCUCCUGGCCAACCAGUACAAGUGCUCCUCAGACUGGACUGAGCCACUCAACCUCAGUCGCAAGAGAGCUUGCGUAGAGUCAGGCGGUCACCCUGCUUCGUCCUUUACCCCUCCUCCCUCCAACAAAUCCCCAAAGUUCUUGAAUAUGCCCUCACCCCUGUACCCCACCAAGGGGAUGGCUAAAGACGAGGGCUGUGAGACGCCGGAGGGGAAGUCACCCCCGGAGAGAUCCUACCUCUACCCCUUGGAGACCAGAGACGGCUACGUCAUCGACCUCACUUCCUCCUCCUCCUCUGGCGGUUCCUCCCACAGUCUGACACCAGCCUCCAGCCCAGGCAUGAAGACGGAGUCCCUCGUCCCCUCUCCACUGCAGAGUCGCAAGGCCAGCGCCCCCUCCAUGGUCCACGUCCCUAGACCCCUGAAGAGAGAAUACCCAGAUUGGCCAAUGGAGGAGUGGAGGGGGGAAAGCCCCAAGCACAGUCCGGGGCCUCUCAAUCUCAGCUGCGCUCUGCCCAGUCCCCCCAGAGAGACAGGAAGGAUGGAGAUCCAGAUCCCGCUGGUGCUGCUCCAUGACUGGAUUAAAGGAGGCCUGCUAUGUGGGCCUGCUGGUUCCCGGCCUGGGGCUCCAUCCCUGCAGGGUCCAACACCACAAGGUCCAACCCUGGGCCAGACCCCAGAGCCAAGGGAGAGGACAUGGACCAGAUCAGACACCUCCCCCACCGUAGUGAACCAUGCUGACCAGGUCUUCCAAAGCCCUCACAGAGACCAGGACAGGAGCUCUGGUUAUCUGAGGGAGAGGAGUCUGGAGAGGUACAGGAACCUGCCUAGCCCCACCACCACCUCCCCUGCUUCCAGUCACCUCUAUCCCAUGGAGCCCUACCAGAUCUCCUGCUACAAGCCUCAGCUGUCAGGGAGCAUCAUCCAUAACCCAGCCUGCCGGGACUUGUACCCCUGGGAGAAACAGGAGAACACCAGGAGGCCCUACCACCCAAACCACAUGCACCCCCAGGAUCUACGGGACAGAGCCCAGCCAAUCCCCUUGAAGAUCCACCCCAGCAGUCAGGCUCUGGAGCAGGAUUAUGUAGGCCCCACAUCCCCAGCCUAUAGUCUAGACACAUCCCAGGGAAGGGAGGAUAACCCUAGGAUGGCUUUGAUGGUGGACCCCUCAUCUUCCUCUCUGGUACCACUGACACCUGAGGAGUUCAUGAAGUUAAAGAGGCUCAUCUCAAGCUCCUUGUGAACAGAAGGCAACAACAGGACAACAAUCCUGCUAAUUAACAGAAAACAUGAUGCACUCUGGACGAAAGAUGUAACAUGUCAAUGUUGACAUUGGACUCUUGGAAAAGCACCCAUUACUGUACAUAGAAUAUUGUCUAGAGAAAUGCCCUGACACAUAACAAAGAGACAUAUAAAUAAAUAUAUAUAUAUAUAGAGAGAGAGAGAGAGAGAGAGUACUGUUUCAGUUAUAAAACACAGUUCAAGAGACAUUGUAGCACUACUGUUGACUAACUUUUGAAAUACUUCCGAAUAUGAAUUUUAGUCUGUGUUUUUAUCCUUUGAAGCUUGAUAACAAUUUAUUAUGCACUGGAAUGAAAGGUUGUUCCAAAAUGAAGUAUUUUUUAGCCUUCAUCUCAGGGAUUUGUUUUGAACAUGAAGUAGCAUUGAAAUUGAAUUUUUUUAACGUUUUAAAAAUAUUAUGUAGUCUGAUAAUAACAGUCAAAAUCUGGUAUGUUCUGCACGAAACUAUACAAGUUUACCACCCAGACAGCAAAGGUAUAUUUUGUGUGUGAAUUGUUGGGAAAUGUGACUUGUACUUGUGAUUUUGUUGAGAAUUGUGAGCCACACUGUUUUGAGAAGGAACAAUUACAGUAUAUACAAAUAAAAUGUAAAAUAUACGUUUUAUUAUGAACAUGUGAAUGUUUUUAUAUACACUGAGUGUACAAAACAUUAAAAAUAACUGAC